AUGUGAUCUAAAGUGUGAGUACAAACUUGUAGGAGUGUUACAGUUUCCAAUAGAAUCAUAUUAUUAAAUGAAUGAUUCUCCAUAAAGUAGAACAUUACUCUACAAGUUAUUAUUAUGUUUGUUCUAAUGUAAGUGGUCUCAAUUUGAACUAGAUACACACACAAAUAGUUGUUGCAUUUUGGGUUAUUAGUAAGGACCCUCUCCUCUUUAGCAGAAAAAUAUAACUGCAAAAGUGGCAACAAUACUAUUAUUGCAUCUUCAUCAUUAAUACAUACUAUAGUACUAUACCUCCAAAAUUCAAAAAUGGUUUCAGCUACUUCUUCACCCCCUUCCAAGGAGGAAGUAGAGACAGAUCAAAAAUGGGUGGACAACGGAAACGCUCGCAAUGCGAAAUGGUGGUAUUCAACUUUCCAUACUGUGACAGCCAUGAUAGGUGCUGGUGUUCUCAGCCUUCCCUAUGCCAUGGCAUAUCUAGGAUGGAUUCCAGGGACUUUGAUGUUGUUGUUAUCAUGGAGUCUAACCUUAAACACAAUGUGGCAAAUGAUUCAGCUCCAUGAAUGUGUUCCGGGCACCCGAUUUGAUCGUUAUGUGGAUCUUGGUAAACAUGCUUUUGGACCAAAACUUGGACCAUGGAUUGUGCUGCCACAGCAACUAAUUGUUCAAAUUGGAUGUGAUAUUGUGUACAUGGUCAUUGGAGGAAAGUGUCUAAAGAAGUUCAUGGAGAUUGCGUGCACCAAUUGCACACAGCUCAAACAGUCCUACUGGAUUUUGAUUUUUGGUUCCAUUCAUUUCUUUCUCUCUCAGCUCCCCAAUUUCAAUUCCGUUGCUUCUGUUUCGUUAGCCGCAGCUGUCAUGUCAUUGAGCUAUUCAACUAUAGCGUGGGUGGCUUGCUUGUCGAGAGGCAGGAUUGAGAAUGUGAGCUAUUCAUACAAGCAAACAAGCACGAGUGACUUAAUAUUCCGAAUCUUCAACGCACUUGGUCAGAUUUCAUUUGCAUUUGCUGGCCAUGCAGUAGCCCUUGAAAUUCAGGCAACAAUACCAUCAACACCUGAAAAGCCAUCAAGAAUACCAAUGUUGAAAGGUGCUAUUGGUGCCUAUAUCAUAAAUUCGAUAUGCUAUUUCCCUGUUGCAUUUGUUGGAUAUUGGGCGUUUGGAAGAGAUGUCGAUGAUAAUGUUCUUAUGUCACUAGAAAGACCUGCUUGGCUCAUUGCCUCCGCUAACUUGAUGGUAUUCGUUCAUGUUGUUGGUAGUUAUCAGGUUUAUGCUAUGCCUGUUUUUGAUUUGAUUGAGACCAUGAUGAUCAAAAGCUGGAAUUUCCCUCCAGGAUUGCCUCUCAGACUUGUUGCUAGAUCUUCUUUUGUAGCAUUUACGCUUAUUAUUGGGGUUACAUUCCCGUUCUUCGGCGAUCUUCUUGGAUUCUUUGGUGGAUUUGGUUUUGCUCCUACUUCAUAUUUUCUUCCUAGUAUAAUGUGGCUAAUAAUAAAGAAACCAAAGAGAUUUAGCAUCAACUGGUUCAUCAAUUGGGCUGCAAUAUGCAUUGGUGUGUGCAUUAUGCUGGCAUCCACGGUUGGUGGCUUCAGGAAUAUCAUUGCUGAUGCUUCAACUUAUAAAUUCUAUACCUAAACUUAUUAUUCUUAUUACCUUCUAUAUGAAUGUAUGUUGCCCUAUAAAUGAUGUAAUUUGUAUCCUCAAUAAUUUCUUUCAUGCUUAAUCUUUUUAACAAA